AUGAUUAGAAUCAUCUUGAAGAUCAGCAUACCAAUUGUGGCUCAGGAAGAAGAGAAGUUUAUCCAACAGGAACUAAACAGCCUAAAGGUGAAUUUUUCUGUUCUGGAUACAACACUUGCUGUGCUUCUGUGUUUGCUGGAUUUAUUCCCUGUCCUGGAGAAAGGCCAGCAUUGGAGCGGAGAUGCAGCUCGAGCCAGUAUGCACUGUCAUGAGGUGUUCCAGCUGGUCCUCACCCACAUGGAGCCAGAGCACCGCCUUCUGUUAUGGAGGACAUAUGCCAGACACUUACCAGCUUUUGUAAAAAGGUUGGGAAUCUUAGCCGUUUGGCACUUGAAGAGGCUGGAGCGAGUUAUUGUUGAUUAUCAGGAGGUUUAUGAUGGACCAGAAGAGGAGGCUAGAUUGAAAAUACUGGAAACCCUAAAACUUCUCAUACAGCAUACAUGGCCCAGAAUUUCAUGCAGACUGGUACUCCUACUAAAGGCUCUCUUGAAACUACUGUGUGAUAUAGCAGGGGACACUAGCCUGACACCUGAGUCCACUAAGAAAGCCCUGCUGCAGGAGGCCACACAUUGCCUGAUUCUCCUGGACCACUGCUCACAAGGACAGGUAAAGGGUCUUCUGGCCAAAAUUGUUCUAACACGCGAAGACAGCACGGUAGUGAGCUGUACCAGACAAGUGCAGCAGGGUUCUACAGCUGCUCUGUGCCAUGUCACAUGA